GCCGUAUCCAGGGGGUGGGCUUUUGGGCUUAAGCCCCCCCCGAAAUCUCAGGAAAAAUAUUUUUUUAGUAAUGCGUUAUGCGUAAUGGGUUCAUAUCACAGAACAAUAUCAUAUUAUCGUUCAUGUCAUAGUAAUAAUGUUGACGACCUUUUAGUAUAUUAUGGUUGUGGUGACGCGGUAGUCUUAUCACCACGUCUUACUCACUCCGCUCGCGUUACCGCGCUAUACGCGCCCCAUGAUAAUAUAUUGAUAACAAUAAUCUUAUUCGUGAUAUCACAAAUUGUUUUAUAAUAUAAUCUGUGGUGAUACGUGGUGAUACCAUCAUAAAAUAAUGCAAUACUCCAAUAUACCUACUAUCAUUAAUUAUCAACAUCAAUUUGUGGCUUUUUGCUUUUUAGUUUUUACUUUAUAUUAUAUUUAGUGAAGUGUGUCAGUUUUAUUAGUUUAUAAAAUGAAUGAAAACGAAAAUGAACCUAAGAGAAAAAAAACCAAAACAUUGUAUUCAUACUUUAGUUCAAAUGUAACUACUUCUGCAAAUAUUUGCAUCAAUGAACAGGUGAGUUAGGUACUUAAAUAUACAGUAAUACAGUAUAUUUAAUAUUAAAUUCAUACAUAUAUUUAUAAACUCAUGAAUUGUAUUAUGUAUCUACCUAUAAUAUAAAUUUUUAUGUUGAAUUUGUUUUUUAAUACCAACAGUCAGUACAUAAUAUGUUAAAAUCAUGUUAUGUAAGUUACCUAGUUAAAAACAUGUGAAAACCUAAAAUUAUUAUUAAAUAAUAAAUUAAUAAUAAUUCAGGUAUUGUAAAAAAGUUUGUUUAAUACUGUUAUUAUCAAAUAUAUUAUUUGUGCUUUGUAAUAAUAUAAAUGCACAGAUUAGGAAGUAGCUUAUUUAAAUUAUUUUUAAUGCUUUGCUAGCUUUAAAAUUUCUUUUCAAUUAAUUUUUAGUUUUUCACCUAAAUUAUUUAGUUGUUUUUAAAAUAGUUAACCAGCUACUUGCUUUUUGGCAUUUUGGUUUCCACAAAUAAAAAUUGCAUGAUGAAUAAUAUUUGCUAUUUUAAAUAUUUUUGGAUAUAACAAUUUAAAUCCAGUAAAAUAAUAAUUUUGGGGCAAACAACCUUAUCUAUUAGCAGUGUGUGGAACAUUUUUGAAAAUUGUAUGCAUUCCCAUUCACAAUAAAAUUAUCCAACAGAAUUGAUUUCAUUAGUAAAUUCUGAAAUAAGUUCUUUGAUCUUUCCAAACAUUAUAAUACCUAUUAAUUAUAAUAGAAUUAUUUAUAAUUAUUUAUUAUAAAAUUAUAAUAUAGGUUUAUAGCUUUUUUUUAUACAUAAACCUAACCUAUGGCCUUCUGCUAAUUAAUAUUGCAUGUUGCUUGCUUAUUUCAUUUUAACUUAUAUUUUUAGGAAUCAAACCCAGUGACCAAUAAUUAUAAAUAUGAUAUUGGCACUCAUAUUAAGAAAAAUAAACCAGAGCGACUGAAUGAUUUAGAGUUAGCUGAUGUUUUAAAAAACUUAUGGAAACCUGACAACACUUAUAAAUUUGAGGCAAAAACAUUUGGAAGUCAGUCAAGAAUGUUUAAUUUAUCAUGGUUGGAAAGGUGGUCUUGGUUAGCAUUUUCAAACAUUGAAAAAGGUGCAUUUUGUAAAUAUUGUGUGUUGUUCUAUAAAAGUGAAUAUGCUGGGAAAGGCAUGCAUUCUCCACCUACAUCUUUAGUCACUCAACCUUUUUGUAAUUGGAAACAUGCUAUUAGUAUCUUCAAUAAUCACCAGAACAAUGAGUAUCACAAGUUUUCUAAACUAAAAGCUGUUGAAUUUUCAAAAAUAAUUGAUCAAAAACAAAAUGAUGUAAUUGUUCAAAUGCAUAAAAGAAAUGAAAAGGAGAUUAAAAAUAAUAGAGAAGUUCUAAAAACAAUAAUUAAAACAAUUGAGUUAUGCGGAAGGCAAGGAUUAGCUCUUAGAGGUGGACAUGAUUUUGGUGAACUUAGUCUAAAUACUCCAAUAAAAAAUGAUGGUAACUUUAGAAGCUUAUUACGCUAUCGAAUUGAAAGUGGUGAUAACUUAUUAUUAAAUCACAUUCAGAACUGUAACAAGAAUGCUUCUUAUAUAAGUGCUAAUGUUCAGAAUGAUAUUGUUUCUGUUAUUUCUGAAUAUAUGCAGCAUUACAUUUGUGACAAAAUACGAAAGGAAAAAUACUUUACAAUAUUAGCUGAUGAGACAACAGAUAUAAGCCAUGUUGAACAGUUUUCAUUAUGUAUACGAUACUUAGAAAAAAGUUCAAAUUUUGAAAAAGAUAAUACAUAUAUAAUAAGAGAAGAUUUUCUACAAUUUGUUCCUGUCCAUAGUACUGUAGGAUCUGAAUUGGCCAACACUAUUAUAAGUACUUUGACAUCUUUAGGACUAAAUUUAAAAAAUGCUCGAGGGCAAGGGUAUGACGGUGCAGCAAACAUGAGGUCUGCAUUUAGAGGAGUUCAAGCAGUUAUAAUGAAACAAUUUCCAAAAGCACUAUACACGCACUGUUUUGCUCAUUGUUUAAACUUAUGUCUUAACGAUGCAUCAAAAGUGCAACAAGUGAGAAAUGCUCUGGGUGUUGUACAGGAAGUAAGUGCAUGUUUUCGUGCAUCAGCUAAACGGUCAACUGUACUACGGAAAAAAUUAGAAUCUAAAUCCUUUUCUGGGUUGAAAAAAUUUUGCGAGACUAGAUGGGUAGAACGACACGAGUCAAUUUUAAUUUUGGUUGAAGGUUUUAUUGAAAUAAUUAGUGCAUUGGAAGAACUUAUGUCAAUAGAACAUGAUAAAGCAGUUUUUCCAUUACAUAAAUCUAUGUGUAAUUUUAAUUUUAUUAUAACUAUCUGUAUUUUGGAAAAGGUCCUUGGAAUAACUUAUUUUAUUUCAAAAUAUCUUCAAACAGAAAAUAUUGAUUUAUCCAUUGCAAUAGAAUCUGUAGAAUUGACAAUUCAAAAAUUACAAGAUUUACGGACGGAAGAAACUUUUUUUUCUAUAUUUCAUCGUGCUUGUGAAAUCGCAAAAGAAGUUGGUACAUCACCAACCAUACCAAGAGUAGUCGGGACUCAAAAACAUCGAGAAAAUUAUGCCAUACUCAAUAAUGACCAUGUCUCUUACUACAGACAAUCAUUAUAUUAUCCAUAUUUAGAUGAUAUUUUAGCAUCAUUUAAUGAACGUUUUAAAAUGAACUCUAAUAUUUUUAUUUCUUUAUCUUCUUUAUUACCAAGCAAAAUUGGUAAUUUAUCAUUUAGUGAUAUACAGCCAGCUAUUGAUUUUUAUGAAGAAGAUUUAAGAUCUAAUAACCAAAACAUUCACAUGGACUUAUUAAAAAAUGAAUUUGAAUUUUGGAAGCAAAAAUGGUCUAAUGAAGAAAAUAAUUUACCAAAAAAUGCAUUAGACACAUUAUCAAAAUGCCCCGAAGAUUUAUUCCCACAUAUAAAUAUUUUAUUAAAACUUCUUGCUAUUUUGCCUGUAUCAACGGCAUCGGUUGAAAGAAGUUUUUCUUCUUUAAAAAGAAUCAAGACCUAUUUAAGAAACUCUACCGGUGAGGCAAGAUUAAACGGAUUAGCUCUUAUGAAUAUCCACAGAGACAUACAAAUUGACACAGAUGCUAUUUUAAAUAUGUUUGCGUCUAAAAAGGAAAGGCGUUUAGAUUUUAAAUUGUGACAAUUUAAUAAUGAAUGCAUAAUACAUUAAAAACUAUGUGUAUAUAUUA